AUGGAUGGUAGAGGAGGAUGUUGCAUAGCCAGAUAUGGUGUUUAUGGUGGUGGUCGUUACGGUCUUUCAAAAGCCGAUCGGAUCAUGCUCCGAUUCCGUCCGAUUGCUCCUAAACCGGUUACAGACGGCGGAGGUCGAUCUCCGGUCGCCGGAAAGCAUGGCUCCACAACGACGACAAGCGGUGGAAGCUCCGAUGUUUCCUCUGGAAGAGGAAAAAGGAAGUAUCAGAAAGAGAGUAACUCUCGGAGGUGUAACCGGAAGAAGAGAUCGGAAACUUCAAACGGCGGAGAUUCAACGGCGGUUACGUUGUCUUUAUUACCAGAGACGCCUGAAAAACGUGUUUUUCAAGAUCUGAAUGUUUCUCCGUUGGAGAAACAGAAACGUAACGGUAACGGUCCGUUAUGGUUGAGUUUCAGCUCCGGUGAGAUGCUAACGCCGUUAAAGAAGACGACGACGAAGAUAUCUCGAAGGACGGUGGUUGUUUCGUCGUGUGUGACGGUUGAACGUGUAACCGACGCGUGGAUCGACGGUUAUGGAUUAGGGAAAACGGACGACGAGAGGAAGAUGAAUCUGAUGAGGGACACGUGUCCUGGUUUUGUAUCUGACGGUUUAGGGAGAGUCACGUGGACCAAUGAGGCGUAUAGAAAGAUGGCUAAGGAUGAUGUUAAUAUUCCGGUGGAAGAAAGUGCACCGGAGAUGAGUUACGAUGGGUUUCACGUGAUCGUACGGUUGGUGAUGAAAGAGAGGCCGAUGCUAACGUACCCGGCGUUUACAUGCAGAGUGAGAUUACAGUACACGUGUCAAGAUCGUGAAAGAGGUUCGGUUACGGUGCCUUGUGACGUGUGGAGAAUGGACGGUGGUGGUUUUGCGUGGAGGCUUGACGUUAAAGCCGCUUUGUGUCUGUGA